UAUUAAAUAAACGAAUAAAAACUGAUUAUCAAUUAAAACAGAGCAUCAAGCUUUGAAUAUAUUUACACUGAACUCCAAACUCAUAAUUAUACAAUAGUUUGUGCAUGAUUUUUGAGGGAAGAGAAAUGAUAGGUUGAAAAUGAGUACGUAUAGUUUGUGUGUCAGACAAAGAAAGAGAAAAACAGCUGAGACAGUAAGCAACAUAAACAUCUCAGUUGUUUUUUGACAUUUAAUUAUUCUGUGAUUAUUUUUUAUUGUUACAUUAUAAAACCAGAGUUUCUAAUUAAUUUUAAAAUGAAAGUAUUUAAGUAAUUAUUAAAUUAAAUAAAUAAAGUAUUCAUUACUAAUUAUUUUUUUCAUGCAAAAUAACGAAAUUUUAUUGCAUAUAAAAUAUGGUUUUAGUGAAUUUAUGUCACCAUCUUUUACAAACUGAAAUCAAAUGCGAUAAACCGAGCAAUGAUGAUCAUGACAUUAAUAAUUUAUUAUUAGAUAGUGAUAAAGGUUUUUUAGUAUAUUCUUGUAUAAAACCUCCAAUAAAUAUAGAUUUUAAUUUUAUAAGUAAUAUUAAAUUGAGUCAUAUUAAAAUUUGGCCAUCAGUUGGUGCUCAAAAAUCAAAAAGUUUUAGAAUAUUUGUAAAAACAAAUACUGAAAAUAGUACUAUUGUUGGAAAUUCAUCUUAUUACCAAAUUUCCAGUGGUGAUUUAUCAAUAACUGAUAGUGGAAUAAUUUUUUGCCGAAGUGAAAGUACUAAUGAAUUAAAAAUAAAUGAUGAUUUUAUAGUUAGGUACAUGAAUGGUCCUCAGAAGAUUAAAAAUAAUGUAAAAAGUCUGAGGCUAACUAUCACUAGAACUGAAAAUUCUGUUGCUGCUCUCAAACGUAUUGAAAUUUGGGGACAUAUUCCUUAUAAUAAACUGCCUGAAUCAUGGUUUCAAUUUCACAAACGUUUAGUACAAAGUGAUAUACCAAGUCAAGAUGCUUUAACUUGUAAAUUGAAAAAUGGAAUCCAAGACAAAGAUAUUCCAAAUAAAACCUUGACGGAAAUUCCAGAAGAAUAUUUAGAUCCUAUAACAUUCACAAUAAUGAUUCAACCAAUUAUUCUGCCUUGUGGGAAAAUCAUAGAUUUUCAUACAUUAGAAAAAUUCGGAGAAAAUGAAGCUCUCUGGGGUCGACCACUGAGUGAUCCAUUUACUGGCAUUCCUUUUAGUGAUAAUUAUAAACCAAUUUUUGCUGACACUAUCAAAAGCCAAAUUGAUAAGUUCAUUACUGAGAACAGCCAUCUUCAUGAAUUCCAAAAAAUACCACGAGUGUUGGGACCUCAUGGAGUAAACAAUGCUGCUGUUCAACAAUACAGAAAUGAAGUAUUAACCUUACCUCAUCUUUAUAAGAAUACAAAUAAAAAGCAUUCGUCAGCAUCAAACCCCGCAUCAAGUUCGAGAAAUUAUUCAGAGGAAUCCAAAUUAAAACAUAAAAUGCCAAUUAAUGCAAACAAGUUGAGUAGUCUUUUUAGAGAACGUAAAAAACAAGUUAUUUUUAGGAAAAUAAAUGUAAAAAGCAUUUUAGAGAAUAAUUUGGUCACAAUAAACAAUCACAAAGAAACAAGUACUCAAGUUGAUAAUAUGAACAAUAAUUCUUCGAAUAAAGACAUUGAUCAUAAAUAAAAAACAAAGGAAUUGAAUGUGAUGAAUAAAAAUAUUCAUGGAAAGUUUGAAAAAUUAAAAUAGUAUUUUGUUAACGAGAAAUAAUUUCAGUGAAGUGAAAUUAGAUAAAACAAAUUCAAUAUCAUUAUAAAAUAUUUU